AUGGGUAUCAUGAACUUUACAAAACGGUCCUCCGCAGAGAAACCUGCAACCGAACCACCAAUGACGAAUAACGACACAAGCGCUUCAGAUAACGACACCGAGCAACCGAAAGACGACACAGAUUUCCAAGAAGUCCCCGCUGGUACUGUCGAAAAGGGAAAUAUCUUUGACCAAGGCGGCAAGACAUACCGAACCCUCGGCCGCUGGGACACCGUCCUCAUCCUCUUCACAAAUCAGCUCGGUCUGGGUAUUUUGUCCCUACCAGCAACGAUCAAGACUCUCGGUAUCGUGCCCGGAAUCAUAGCCAUCCUGGGUAUUGGCGGAAUCUCGUGGUAUGCUGCAUAUUGUCUGCUGCAAUUCUAUCGCAAACAUCCCAAUGUCGUCAGUAUCGUUGAGAUGACAAGGAUCGUCGGUGGACCAUGGUUCGAGUCGCUAGCCGGAUUCGUUAUGAUGAUCCAGGUCGUCUUUAUCGUGGCUUCUGCAACUGUCACUCUAUCUGUCGCUUUGAACACGCUCAGUAGCCAUGCGACGUGUACCGUCAUCUGGAUCCUUGUGGCUUGCGUGGCUUGUUAUAUCCUUUCUAUCCCGCGAACCAUGAAGUUUGUUUCCAAGGCUGGCGUUCCCAACGCCGUUAGUGUCGUGGCCGCUUGCUUGAUCGUUUUGGUCAGUUUGGCUGUUUCUGGACCUGCCACCGCUCCUUCGGAUUGGCACAGAGAGCUCAAGGUUGUUGGAAACCCCACGUUCCGCGAUGGCCUCAAUGCUUGCCUACGCGUGGUGUUCUCCUACGCUGGUACCUUUACAUUCCCUUCAUACAUGGCUGAAAUGAAGGCACCCGAGAAGGAUUUCAAGUUUGCGCUGGCUGUUCUCGAGAUUGGAAGUACUCUCUUUUAUAUCGUCAUGGCAGUUGCCCUGUACUGCCUCGCAGGCGAUCUCACGACAUCCCCCGUCCUCAGCGCCGCGUCUUCGAUCCCUGCAAAGGUCGCCUACGGAAUUGUCCUCCCCGCUGUCGUCGCAACCGCCCUUUCUAUCGGCCACACCGGCUGUAAAUAUGUCUACGUUACCCUCAUGCGCCAGAUGCGAUCUACCCACCAGGUCACCGAUAACAGCGUCAAGUCUUGGGUCACCUGGAUGGUUGCCGUGACUGGUUUCUGGGCUCUGAUCUUUGUUAUCGCGAAUGUUAUUCCCAUCUUUGACUCUAUCUUGUCGAUCACCUCUGCUACGACCAUUCCCUGGUUCACGUACGGCUUCGCAGCUAUUUUCUGGCUGCAUCUUAAUAAGGGUCUGUACUUUUCGUCUUGGCAGAAGAUGCUGCUUACAGUUCUGAACGUCACCAUGAUUGGUGUCACAUUGUUCUUGAACGCGGGUGGAUUGUGGGCUGCUAUCACGGAGCUGCUGGAUCUGUUUGAGCAGAACAAGGAUGGCAUCGGAGGCGUUUUCUCAUGCGGAGACAAUUCUAUUUUUUGA